UCUCUUGUGUGAAGAAAGAGAAGAGUAAAGAGGUUUGAGGAAGUGAGACAACACUCGCUAUAAGAAGCCUUGCUCUCCACACAGUGAGCAGUAGUUUGAGUCAUCAGUCAGACAGACAGACAGAUAUGGUCUCUCUGCCACACAAAGAUCAUGGAAAAAACAGAGUUCAGAGCUGGAGAUUGUGUCUCUCUAUCAUGUGAUGGGGCUCCGAGAGACUGUUCCAGUAUUACCUGGCUGUUCAGUUACAAGAAUGGUACGACUGAUACAUUGUUUGAAGGAGGGAAGUUUAAGUCUGAAGGCAAGAAAGGAAGACUACAUGUUACAAAGGAGUGUUCUCUGGAGGUAAAGCUUCUCAGAAAGAGAAAAGAUGUAGGUCGUUACACCUGCAGAUCCUUUCCAUCAGCAGAUGUACAGCAUGAUCAUGCAACGCAUCAACUAGAGCUAAUGACAAGCACAAACAGAUCAACCACAACCACAGUGAAAGUAGCAAACACAACUUGCACAAGCACAUCCAAACCAACAACUCCAGCAGUGAAAGGAGCAGCCAGCAGCAGCCCAACAUCAAGGCCCCCAUCAACAUCAACAACACCAACAACACAUAAUACAACGAACGGUGGAUCUCCUACAGCACCACCGUCCCGGGGGUUGUAUAUAGGAGUCGGGGUAGCGCUGGGUACAGCGGUCCUGUUGAUCGUGGGCCUGGUUCUCCUCAUUCGCUGGCUCAGAAGGAGAGGAAACAAGAGGCCAAAGGACACCACAACCAUUGAUCUGAACUCUAUCAGGGACACCCCACCAGUCAUAGGAGGCCUUCAUGACCAGCAUCUCAGUGUGGACGGAGAUCAGGGCGGAGGUCCAACAUACGCCUCUAUUGUCCUGCCUGAGGGACAGAGGAGCGUGGCUACAGCACAGGUUGAGGACGAUUCCAGCGAUGCAGUGACCUACUCCUCAGUGAGGGCCUCUCCCAGAGGUGGAGAGAAGGCUGGUGAUGUGGACGUACACUACGCCACCGUCAACAAACGGGGAAAAUGACAAAACAUCUGUAGAUGAGUACUUGAUAAAACAGAGCCAACAGCAACCGGCAGUAGCAAUUAAGGUUGUAUUCAAGUUUAGUAUAUUAAUAGUAAUCUUCAGAAAAUAAAUUGGAUCAAUAAUUGCUGAAUGAAUUGCUGAAUUUUCGUAUGAGAGAAGAUAAGAGGGAAAUGUAAACUGGAAAACCUACAAUUCCUGAAGAAAUUGUACUUAUAUUCCAUUACAUGCUUAUGAGUGUCUAUAUAUCUGUGUUUAUCUAUGUGUACAUUAUGUUCCCGUAUGUGUACGUAUGUUUGUGAAUGUAUGAACUAGUUCAAUGCUACCAGCAGUUUAUUUCCGACCACUUUGUGAGCUCAGCUUGUCUCUGUUGUUAACACAGACGUCCCGUUGAAGGUUGUGUGCGAUGUGUGCAUUGGAAAAUUCAAAAGUUUAAUAUCCUAAAAAGUAUUGCCUAAUUAGCUCAUCAAGUUUAUCAUUUUGAUGUACAAUAUGUGUAUUUUGUGUAAAUAUUGAGGGAGUAGAUGCAGUUUAUACACAUUACUUGGUUUCCAUUUUUUGCUUAGAAAAUUCUUAGCACACUAUUUCACUAUACUUCCUAUUUUUUUGACUUUCUAUGUCAUUGUUUGUGCGAGCAGAUAGAGACCGGUGAAACACCGGAAAGGGAAGAAGAAGUGUGAGAAAGAACAGUAGGCCUACUUGCCUUGCUUGCGGGUUUGUCAGUAAUAAGAAGUAUGCAAGGGAAUUGCUUGCCCUGCUCGCAGCAGUGCAACUAAUUACCAUGAAGUAGGCCGGUUAUUACCAAUCAACAAAGUUAAUUAAGGUGAAUUAUAAUUUACUUGAAUUUCCCGACUGGAAUCAAUACAGUAGUGUCGCUUGUCUAAUACAAAUGCUUGUAUUUAGAUGGCCUUUAGAGGGCGCCAUAGACUAAACUGAUGGGGACUUGUAAAAAGUAGCUCUAUAAAUGUUCUUAUUAAACACCGACAGCGAGACCUAAUCGAAAGGACAUAAAGCGUUAAAUUCACCGUAUUACGUGUGGUUAAGUGAUGGAUGUGGAUCAAAGAUUAGUUUAACUCAAAGAUUUAGUUAACACGUAGCCUAUUGCUUGGAUAGGCAUGACACCUUAUGUUUUGGAAUUAUGUUAAUAGUAUUGAGUGUAAUUUGGUGAGCUUUAUACUAAAGAUUUCUGCAACAAAA